AUGGGACAUUACAGUCACGAUUUUCUGAAAGCAUACCCCUUUCGCUUUUGCGGCUACGGCUUCGGAAUGGCAGAAGCAGUACGUGGCACGGCAGCACCCACCGUGGUUCGAGGACUUUAUAUGGUAGCAUCUGGUUUCGUGUUUGCCCGCACUCUGUACAAACCAUUCCAAAUUAGCAAGGUACAUAUAUACUGUAUUAAGCACACUAUUUAUGACAUAGUUAGUCUACCAAAGACACAGUCUCCAGUAAAAAUCGUGCUUUGGACGGCGGACACUUUUGUAUAUGAAAUAAUCGCUUCUGGGGCUGUACCGGUCUUUACUGCAAGCUUGAUCAAGUCUGUUGUCAGUACGGUCCUGCCAGCCAAGACCCUUGCCGGGCCUGCGAGACUGUGGACUCCUGCUGUGGUUUCUCUGAUGAGUCUUCCGUUCGUCAUUCCUUUCACUGACACCUUGUUGGACACGGUUAUGAAUGAAACAAUUAGACAAAUUUAUUCAUAA